AUGACGAACAUUAAAUAUGAACUUAUUCCUACGGAUGAGCUGCCCAGCAAAGAGAAGCCUCCAAAAUGGAUGGUUAGAAUAUGCUUUAUUUGCGUAGUGCUUCUUGUUCUAGCGAUAUAUACUUUGAGUACCACAGAGAAUCAGAACGAGAGCGGCACUGUGGUUUAUCCAAAUGAAUUCCUGAGUCUUCGGGAGCUCUCUUUGGAAACAAGUACGGUCAAUACUCGAAGCGUAUCAUCGAAUUUAUUGGAUACCAGUUCUUUCAGUGCUAAGGAAGGCACAUAUACCACCGAAAAAUCAUGGGAUAUUAUUUCUAUAACAGAGCCUCAAAGCGAAAAUGCGAUGUCCACCCAAGAGCAAUCGGAGAAAGGCUCAAAAGUCCUGACGGAGGAUUUUAGCGAAACUACCACAUUAUCACAGAGUACUGAAGAAUCGACAACAGAAACCUCGUAUGCAUUAGAAACGAAAUCUGGAGUGAAAUACUUUGUCAACAGCCCCCAGUGCCAAAUGAGUCAUCCGAAUUCCUUCGCCAGGAACAUCCUGCAAAUCUACAGGAAGCAUCAUUAUAUUGUGUGUGAUGAGAGUCCAAACAUGAUCACAGUGAACUUCAACGAAACGGACAGCACAUACAGGCUGCACAAGAACGAGAACAGCACGUGCUGCUUUAAACAGAUCCUGCGAGCAGGAGUACGAACUAUGGCGGACCACCAGUACAAGCUUCUACCGUGUGUGGAAUUCCAGCAGGACUUCUUGGUCCCAACUGAAGUGACUGCCAUGAUCACCUAUUGCCGCCGGCCUCCAUACGAUAAAGUGUCUCAAAAGGAUGCCUUUAGUUUUGUGCAUCCCCAAAAGGAUUUCAUCACUGAUCGCGAUCCAACUUUGGACAAAAGGCCCAGCGUUUUGCUUUGGGGCAUUGAUUCCAUUUCGCGAAUGACCCUUGAACUCACGAUGCCCAAGAUGUAUGAGUACUUGAAAGAGGAACGCUGGUUUCAGCUUCAGGGCUACAAUAAGAUGGGCGACAACACAUUUCCCAAUCUAAUGGCGGUUCUCACGGGAUUCAACAAGACCUUCGCCAACGCACAGUGCCAACCCGAUAAGGUGGGUGGCCUGGAUGCCUGCCCGCUUAUUUGGAAGGACUUCAAGGCGAAGGGCUACACAACUGCCUUCGCCGAGGACUGGAGCGUAUACUCCACAUUCGACUACUCGAGCAGGGGCUUCUUCCAUCCGCCGACGGACGUUUACGGCAGACCACUGAUCCUGGCCGUGGAGAAGCAGCUGAAGAUGACGCUUCAGAGUCAACUGCCCUAUUGCUUGGGUCGCAAAGCAUCCUCCGAGUACAUCUACGACCUGGGAGUCCAGUUCGCCAGGGUCAACCGGAAUCGUACCUUUUUCGGCAUGUUCUGGACCAACACCUUCAGCCACAACGACUUCUCUAUGCCCUCCGCCAUGGACGAGAAGAUGGUGCAGUAUAUGCGAACGUUGGAAAAAAACGGUGUAAUGGAUAACACCAUCAUCAUUUUCUUCAGCGACCAUGGAUCCAGAUUCGGACCAUUGAGGAAAUUGGACAGUGGUUUCGUAGACGAACGGCUGCCCUUCAUCUAUAUCCAUGUGCCUGUUUGGAUUCGUGAAAAGUAUCCGAAACUAGUGAACAACCUGGAGGUGAACAGGAAUCGCCUCACCUCGCCGUAUGAUAUCCAUGCUACUUUAAGGCACAUCCUGGAGUUGAACACUCCGCCAGAGGAGCUUCCUCGUCCGGAUGGCUGUUCCACAUGUCACAGCGUCUUUGAGGAGAUGGAUUGGUCCAGGAAUUGCAGUCAGGCGGGGAUUGAAGACCACUGGUGCGCCUGUGACAACUUCUCCAAGGUACCCACAACGGAUCCCAUGGCCAGGAGCAUGUCCAAUCAGCUGGUGGAGGCCAUUAACAAUUUUGUGGCUGGCAAAAAGGGAGCUGAUAGAUGCCGCCGGCUGAAACUAAACGAAAUCUCCUCGGUGCAGCAAAGGGGUAACUCAAAUCAGUAUCUAAUCCAACUGAGUGUCCAGCCUGCCAGCGGUCUCUUCGAGGCUACGGUGAAGUGGGAUCCCGGAGACCAGAGUAUCUCCAUCCGGGUGCCCAGCGUCAGUCGUCUGGACUCGUACAACGCAAUGUCACGUUGUACUUCCGUUAAGGAGACCAAAAAGUUCUGCAUCUGCUGAGUUCUAGAUUUGGAAACUCUGGACAACCGCAAGACCGCACAAAAAAGGACUCGUUACUCUAAUCGGUCGGAUCUCGGGGCCUUUGUUCUCGGAAGCCUAUGGAAACGUAUCUCUAGGGUUGAUCUUCGGGCGGAUGGUUAGUUGCUGGCAACUAUUUUGGCAAGCGUAAUUGCGGCCUACCGAUUGUGCGAAUGGAAAAUUAGUUGACAAUUACAUGACAAUUGGCAGAUACUCGGGUAAUUGCCUUGUGAUUAAAAAGAGAUACCGGCACAAAUUAACUUUAAUCUUUGCAAAUAUUUCUGUUAGCUGGUCUAAGCUGGAACUUGGGUGAUUUAAGAUAAAUUUGUUGUAUAUUUUCAUCGAAUUAUCACUGC